AUGGGUUGUUGUGUUAGCAGUGGUAGCAGCAAACUACUACCUCCAACUCUAUCAAAUUCUUCUUCACAACAGAGUGAGGAAGAAACAGUGAAAGAAGUGCUCUCUGAAAUUCCCACUUUUCCAAAUUCAAAACUCUACGCUAAUGAAAAUAGUCCCAAAAAAUCCUCACCCAUCUCGAAAUUUUCCAAUUCGAUGGAAGAAAUGUACCAUAAAAAUCACAUUAUGAAGAAACCCAUUACCCCUAAUUUCAACCACCCUGAUGAUGUUUCCGAAGAAGUAUCCGAGAUCUGCAGCAGCACUCUCAGUGAGGCGGCAACAGUAACAGAGAAGCGAUAUGCAGCUGAAGAUGACGCUAACGAAGUCCGGCAGCGGUCACCGGCGAAGUACCGGAACGGUUCCUUUCAGAGAAGUGUUGGAAACUCGCCAGCGAGAAGAUCCGAUCCGUCUCCGGGUCGGGUGAGAUCCGGAUCCGGAAGAGAAUCUCGGGUACAGAGGAAGGAUAAUGGGGAAUGCUCCGGUAGGAGAUCGAGGUCACCGGCGAUGAGGACGGAGAAUGGAGGAUACGGGUCGGGUUUAGGGAGGAGUCCGUCGGUGAGGAAAACGGGUAAGUCGCCGGGAAGGGUGAGAUCCGAAUUGGGUGAUCGGAUCCGGAAAAUGGAUGAGAGAGAUGGAAAUGGAGAAACUAAUUGGCCACCGACAAAUGGAAAUGAAUCACUUGAAAAUCCACUUGUGUCAUUGGAAUGUUUCAUUUUUCUUUAA